AUGUUAUCUCUACAACUUGGAAGGGAAGUUACUAUUGUGACAACCCCCUGCAGCUCAGGUCUGACCAUGAUAUUAUUUCUCUGCCUCUGUCCCCCUAGGCCUCUGUCUCAAUGUUAUCACUGCAGGUGGGACAUGUGUCACCUCCCUAGAUGGACAAACCCUGACUCUUUUCACCUACACUUUUUAAAGUUGAAGGUAUGCAGCCCACUUCAGAUGAGAGCUACAUAUACAGCUUCCAUAGCUGGCAUAAUACAUAUGCACCUGCUCUCUUUACAACAACUAAAACUGGCAUGUGCAACUGCAAAGGAGGGUCGGCAAAGGUCGACAAAUUGAGGUCCUAGGUGAAAGCAAGCCAAAGAGAGGUUUGUGCAUACGUGAGAUUGAUGCUCUAAAACACAUACAUUGUAUAUCUUUGUAGUUAUCUUUGUAGUUAUCUUUUAUAGGGCACUUAUACGGCUAAAUAAGAAGUAUGCCAGGAAUUCAUUAGUAAAUUACAUCCAGCUUGGCUUCCUGUCAAAAUAAUAAUUAAAUUUUCUAGUUCCACAAUAGUCACAUGCGUUUUACUGGGACACACUCUAACUCAAUUUCUUGGUUUUGUGGGUGUAAAUAUGCAUGAGCAUCAGAAAGUAUAAUAAUUAUUUUAUUAUACGUAGCUCUCGUGCAACCUACCACUGCAUCACAUCCAGUCAUCUGCCUGUCAUUUCCAUUGCAUUUUUGGACUCCCUAUGCAUUGCUUCCUAAUAGUAGUUGCACCCCCACCCAGGCUCAGAUGUCAGUAUUAUACAAACUUUCCACCCACAGUUUACACAAGUGGAAAAGAAAGUGCAGAGUGCCCAGUUCUGUGCAUGUUGUUGAUUUCCCCGACCAGAUAGUGAUUUGCAUGCUUCACCAUUAAUUUACUGGCAGUAUAAACUACAUAUCAGGUUACUAAGUACGCCUGAAACCAGGCAUUUGGCUUUUUGACACUUGCGUGCAUAUGACUCGCCUUCGGACUGGAUAUAUGUGAAGGUGGACGGUCGACAAAAGGCUAGAGUAAAUGUGGUGUAUAAUAAUUAUGUGUGUGAGAAAGACAGUGCAAGAGGGAGAGUUGCAGAAAAUUAAACAUACAAUGUUUGCUAUCUUGUAAAUAACAGAAUUGUGGAGUGGUUCAAAGAUUCAGUAGGUCAAUUGGGAUCCAAGUUCAUCAAUAACUCACGGAACUAUAGUCCGCACAUAAUUCAUUUACCUUUGUACGCACUCACACAAUUGUACUUUUGUAC